AUGACUGCCGUCCGCCCGCGGGCCUCUGGCGGAGGCGUCGUCUACUGGGAGAAGCAGGGCGCGAAUCGCAUGUGCGCGCUGCAUUGCAUCAACUCGCUGCUCCAAGGCCCUGUCUACAACGAGACGGAGAUGUGCAAAAUCGGCCACGAGUUCGAUCGCCGCGAGCGCCAGCUGAUGGCGGAGGGUGCGGACGCCUCGGCCUACAACGACUUCUUCGAGGGCGAGUCUGGAAACGUCGCGCAUGACGGAUUCUUCAACGUCUCCGUCUUGAUGGAGUGCCUGCGGAGGCAGCACAUUCAGUGCCUCUCCACGUCGAAACCCGAAGUCCGCGAAGUCCUCGCUAACCCUGGAAGGGAGGAAGGUUUCAUCUUCAACCUCAACGAACACUGGUUCACGAUUCGCAAAGUUGAGGGCACUUGGUACAACUUGGACAGCCUGAAGCCCAGCCCCGUGGCGGUGUCCCCGGAGCAGCUGAAAAAUCUUUUGACUUCGCUGACUCUUCAGGGCUACGUUUCCUUCGUUGCGCGGCGAGACGUCGGACCCCUGCCUUCGCCGCAACCCCAACAGGUGCAGAUGCAUCAGUUCUACUUGACAAGGCGCGACAUGGAGGCGUUGCAGGCUCAGGCGAGAGCGAAGGAAGCUGAGGACGCGAAGAAAGCCGCGGCGCAUGCAGACGACAGCGACUCAGGGCGUUCGUUUCUCGCGUGGGCGCCGCGCGGCAAGCGCGAUGAGCACACCUGGCCUUCUGAAGGCGGCUACCGCUUGGACGCGCCCAACGGGAGCGCGGCGGCGGCUCCGGCGGCCGCUCAGAGCAGCCCGGAGCCCAGCGGCAUCGGCGGCGACUUCGGCGAUCUCGACGACGAUCCUGAGCUGCGCGAGGCCCUGCGGCUGUCGCUCGAAACGUACAAGCAGGAAAUGCAGGCGCCCCCGGAGGAGCCCCCCGAGGACGCUCAGGAUAUCUGUACCCUCGUGAUUCGACUGCGAAACGGCGAAAGAGUCACUCGCCGCUUCCGCAAGGCAGACACGAUGGAGCACGUCUUCCAGUGGGCGGAGUACGAGGCCUCGCGGCGGAGCCCGACGCCUGGCGCGUCCUGCGUGCUUGUUCAGACGGUGCCUCGGAGGAAAUUCUGUAAACUGAGCGGCCAGAUCUCUCUCUGCGAAGCGGAUGCCGAGGGCGUUUCGGUCAAGGGCCGCGAUCUGCAGGACUUGGGCUUCCAGCGACGCGAGCAGCUCAUGAUGAUGCAGCUGUAA